AUGGCUGAACCUGGUGAAAGAAGCUCACACAGGCGUUCCGUCUCGACCGCCGCCCUCAACCUGCUCCGACGAAGGGACGCGACACGCGACGACGAUUGCGUCAACGAGGACACGACGUCACAGAACAGCUCUAGGUACCCCGUCGCCCCCAUGUCCAACCACAACCGGACGCAGAGCAGCAUGGGCCCACCCCAGUCCUCGUCGGCUGCCCUGAGCAGGACGCCCUCGGGCGCCGCCGCUUCGAUCGGCGCCGCCGCUUCCGCCACCGGCAGCGGCUCCCUCAAGCCUGCCCAGAGCCACGACAAGGGCCCCAGCCUCGAGCAGUCGGUCAAGAAGUUCCGCGUCGUCGAGGCCCUGCGCAGCGGCGACACGGCCUCCAUCUCGAAGAUCAUACGCGAGUCCGUGCCGACCGACAUCGGCGGCCGCAGGAUGAGCGCUUCGUCCAUGGCCGGUCCGGGCCUGGAGGACACCACCAUCCUGCACCUGGCCAUCCAGUGCGCCGAAUUCCCCGUCGUCGAGUACGUCCUGUCCGACGGCCAGAACACGCUCGACAUCAACGCCCGCGAUAAGGACGGCGACACCCCGCUGCACGUCGCCGCCGCGCAGGGCCGAACCCCCGUCGUCAAGCUGCUGCUCGAGCAGAGCGGCAUCAACGACGCCGUCGUCAACGCCCACGGCAAGCUGCCCAUCGACCUGGCCCGCAACCCCGAGAUCUUCCAGCUGCUCCAGCUGUCACGCUCGCUCUACACCGAGUCCAAGGUGAAGCAGGUCCAGGACAUCAUCGCAAGGGCCGACUACGACACCCUCGCCCACGUCCUCGAGGAGCCGCGCUUCAAGACGGUCGUCGACAUCAACAGCCCCGAGUUCGCCUCGGACCCCACCACCGUCAGCACCGGCGGCACCCUGCUGCACGAGGCCGCCCGCCGGAGGAACAUCAAGCUCAUCCAGACCCUCCUGCUCCACGGCGCCGACCCCUUCCAGCGCGACCGCAAGGGCAAGCUGCCCCAGUCCGUCACCAACGACGACGGCGUCAAGUCCAUCCUCAAGAAGUCCCCCGCCGCCGUCGCCGCCCAGAGGGGCAUCCAGGAGAAGGCCGUGCUGGGCCAGGCCGCCUCCCAGGGCGCCUUCGCCAGCGCCGCCGGAGACCCUCUCGCCGGCCGCGAGUCGCGCGAGAUGAAGGGCUACCUGAAGAAGUGGACCAACUACCGCAAGGGAUACCAGCUGCGCUGGUUCGUGCUCGAGGACGGCGUCCUCAGCUACUACAAGCACCAGGACGACGCCGGGUCGGCGUGCCGCGGCGCCAUCAACAUGCGCAUCGCCAAGCUGCACAUGACGCCGGACGAGAAGACCAAGUUCGAGAUCCUCGGCAAGUCGUCGGUCAAGUACACGCUCAAGGCCAACCACGAGGUCGAGGCCAAGAGGUGGUACUGGUCCCUCAACAACUCGAUACGCUGGACAAAGGACCAGGCCGAGGAGGAGGACCGCCAGGCCGCCCGCAACGCCGAGCUGCUCAAGCAGGCCAAGGCCGAGCACGGCGGCGGCGGCAGCCCCGGCGGCGCCGCGUCGCUGUCGGUCCAGGACACGCACAGCGACAACGGCAGCUCGCCGCUGCCCAGCCGGCACCACUCGGCCGUCAAGCUCUCGGCCCAGCCGAGGGCCGAGCAGGCGGGCGUCAGCACCGCCGGCAGCGCCGACGACGACUACUACUACGCCGAUGCGGGGACGGAUGCCGGCACCUCGCGGUUCCACGGCCACCUCGGCAACCACAACGGCGACGGCCCCGUCAUCCCCGGCGAUCCCGACGACGACGACGACUACGGCGACGACGUGAGCGUGCGGGAGGAGCCGUCGGCGACGCGCGACGCGCUCAACAUCACCGCCCAGUCGGCCAAGAUCCAGCUCGAGACCAUGUCGCAGGUGCACGCGGCCCUGAUGGGCAUGACGACCAGGACGCCGGCGACGCCCAUCUCGGACACCAAGGUGUCGCAGGCCCUGGGGACGUACGACGGCGCGAUGCGCAGCCUGUCGGGCCUGAUCGGCGACCUCCUCCGCAUCUCCAAGGACCGCGACGCGUACUGGCAGUACCGGCUGGAGCGCGAGACGAGCAUGCGGCGCAUGUGGGAGGAGAGCAUGGCCCAGGUGGCCCAGGAGCAGGAGGAGCUCCAGGCGCGGUACGGCGAGGCCGAGGAGAAGCGCAAGCUGGCCAAGAAGGCCCUCCGAGAGAUCCUGGAGAGCAGGGGCGAGGCUAUCCCGUCGGAGAAGAAGCUCGACGAGAUGGUCGACCAGGGCGAGGCCGACAAGAAGAGCCAGCACAGCCAGAGCCAGGGCAACGACGCGAAGAGCUUCGUCAGCACCCGCAGCAAGCCCACGGCUCUCCAGCAGAUGGCCGACAUCUCGGAGGACGAUUCCGAGGGCGACGACGACGAGUUCUUCGACGCCGUGGACAACGGAGAGGUCAAGAUCUCGCAGAUGCCGCCCAGCCAGGACGUCGGCGGGCAGGGCGUCGUCAUCUCGGGCGGCGUGGACAUCAGCUCCUCGUUCAAGGGAUACGAGAAUGGCGUGCGGACCAGGCUCAAGAUGGAUGCGGACAACCGACCCAAGGUGUCGCUCUGGGGCAUCCUCAAAUCCAUGAUCGGUAAAGACAUGACCAAGAUGACUCUGCCCGUCUCGUUCAACGAACCCACCUCCCUCCUCUACCGAUGCGGAGAGGACAUGGAGUACGCGGAUCUGCUGGAUCAGGCGGCGGACCGGCCCGACUCGAUCGAGCGGCUGGUGUACGUUGCCGCGUUCGCGGCGAGCGAGUACGCGUCGACGGUGGGGCGUAUCGCCAAGCCCUUCAACCCGCUGCUGGGCGAGACGUUUGAGUACGUGCGUCCGGACAAGAACUACCGCUUCUUCAUCGAGCAGGUGAGCCACCACCCGCCGGUCGGGGCAGCGUGGGCCGAGUCGCCGCAGUGGACGUACUGGGGCGAGUCCAACGUCAAGUCCAAGUUCUACGGCAAGUCGUUCGACAUCAACCCGCUGGGCACGUGGUUCCUCAAGCUGCGGCCCAAGUCCGGGGGCAAGGAGGAGCUGUACACGUGGAAGAAGGUGACGUCGUCGGUGAUCGGCAUCAUCACCGGCAACCCGACGGUGGACAACUACGGGCCGAUGGAGGUGAAGAACUGGAACACGGGCGAGGUGGCGCUGCUCGACUUCAAGCCGCGCGGGUGGAAGGCCAGCAGCGCGUACCAGCUGUCCGGCAAGGUCACGGACGCGAGCGGGCGUGUGCGGGUCAGCAUGGGUGGACGGUGGAACUCGAAGAUCUACGCGCGGGUGACGAACGGCUACGAGGCAGCCGUGGACGAGUCGGCGGCUUCCUCGUCGGCGACGCAGAUCCAGCACCGCGGCGGCCUGGCGGACCCCAACGAGGUGUACCUGGUGUGGCAGGCCAACGAGCGGCCGGCAGGCAUACCCUUCAACCUGACGCCCUUCGUCCUCACCUUCAACCACAUCGACGACAAGCUGCGUCCCUGGCUGGCGCCGACGGACUCGCGUCUGCGGCCGGACCAGCGCGCCAUGGAGGAAGGGGAGUACGACUUUGCGGCCACGGAGAAGAACAGGCUCGAGGAGGCGCAGAGGGCGCGCCGUCGCGACAGGGAGUUGAAGGGAGAGGAGUUCCGGCCGGCAUGGUUCACGAGGGCCCGCUGCGAGGUGUCGGGUCAGGACUACUGGAAGUUCAAUGGCAAGUAUUGGGAGCAGAGGGACAAGGCGGGGCCGGACGGGGACGGGCAUGCCUGGGAUGGACUGGAGGCAAUAUUCGACGAGAGGGGUGCGGAGAACGCGCCGCCGCCGACGCCGUAG